GCAACAAAGGACCCAGGAAGUAUCGCUGGUUUGGAUGUAAGAAGAAUCCUCAGUGAGCCUACCGCAGCAGCCAUAGCGUACGGGUUUAAAAUCUCGAGUCAUCGUGUACCGCCAAUCGGGAGGCGGUACAUUGACAUGUCUUUGUUGAGUAUCGAGAGCACAUUAGAAGUCAUCGCUGUGCUGGUGAUGCACAUCUUCGCGACAAUGGGCCUAUCACCUAAAAAGGCCAGAACCGGGAAAGGCUCUUGCAAACUCAGACGUGUUUCAAAUCACACCAAACGUCUCAACUGUCGACAAAAAUGAAAAUCAAAGCUUUUGAAGGGGGAAUGACUUCGAAGAGCUGCUGACGCGUGCACAUUUAACAUGAAUCGCUUCCGAAGAGCCCCUGAACCAGUCAUCAGGGAUAUAACUGCCAGGAAAGAAGUUCAUUCUCCGUAUCAGGUCCCCCUCUGCAGCUCAACACGCAUGCCAGCCACCCGAAAACUCCUCAAGGAGCCCUUAAGUUAGGAAGGACCCCAAUACUAGCAUCAACUCAGACGAAGCUGUGGCAUAUGGUGCCGCUGUCCAAAGUGCCACUUUAAGGGUUGAAACAGAUGGGAUAAGUGUGCCCAGUUAGUCUUGAGACUGAGACAGCUGGUACUUUUUUUGAGCAAGUAAUCACGAAAAAUACACCAAUCCCAUUCCAGCCGUCCCGAAUCUUUGGUACUCCAUCUAAUAACCAACGUUCGGUCAUGGUGA